UGCUUAUGAAGCUGUGAAGCUCGGGAUGGGUCAGUUUUUUGCUAAACUCCUGAAUAUUUUUGGAAGUCGCGAGCAUAAGGUGAUAAUUAUUGGAUUGGACAAUGCUGGAAAAACCACCAUCCUUUACCAGUUCCUAAUGAAUGAGGUUGUGCAUACGUCACCUACAAUUGGAAGCAAUGUGGAAGAAAUCAUCCAACACAAGACACAUUUCCUCAUGUGGGACAUUGGUGGUCAGGAAAAUCUGCGGUCUACUUGGAACACCUACUAUUCCAACACAGAGUUUGUCAUCCUUGUGAUCGAUAGCACAGAUCGUGAGAGGCUGACAGUGACAAAAGAGGAACUGUAUAAGAUGUUAGCUCACGAGCCUUCCUGCUGGUUUAGAAUGGAUGAUAUCUCAAGUUGCUGCCAAGUAAUCUCAGCCAAAACUACUUUGGGACUGGGGAAAAACAAACCAACCCUUAUAUUUAUUUCCACUUUGCAAAACUCUCAGGAUUUGUUGGACCUUGGAUGGCUUUUUUCCCGAAGGCAUCAGUAUUUUAUUAAAAUACUUUCUUAGUACAUGUCAUAUUAUAGGAGGAGUUGCAUUCAGCCUGCGGAGAGAUUCUUCCUGGACUUCGGAUCUAAUCGUAUCACAUUGGAAAAUCUGCUUUGAUUUUAUAUCUUUCCAGUCAGAAUGGGACACUGCGGUGAGAAGUGUUAAGUCCUAUGAACCAAAAAAGAUUAUGGAACACUGUUGAGCGAAAAAGACAGCAUUGCUUUUCCUUUCCCCGGUGCUAAAAUGUUUUGCAUUAUCAUUGUGAAAACAACAGCAAAGAGGAUGGAAUGUUAUUUCGGGAAAUUAUUUCAUGGAUUUCACUCUGCCUUGUGAGAUGCCUGGAUUGCUUCCCAAAUGAAUAAGUAGCCAAGGAAAUUUUGAAACAGAUGUCUUCAUUUCUUCAUCUUUUCCUAGGAUUGCUGUCAUUUCAUCUGUGCUAUAGGUAAUUCUUGACUUAUGACCAGUCAUUUCAUUUCCUUUGAAGUCACAUCAUUUUAUUUUGGGCGCUUCCAGUGUUCUAUUGGUCACAUGACUGCAAUGUGUGACUUUUUUUGCUGGUUUCUGGCAAAAAGUGCCCAUGUGGGUGAAUAGAUUUGCUUAACAACUAUGUGAUUCACUUAACAAUUGCAGUGUUUUACAAUCGCAGAAUUGACUCUGAACAUAUGCAUUACUUUAUGACCACAGUCACUUAUGACUGAAAUUCCAGAGUCCAUUUGUGGUCAUAUGUCGAGGAAUACCUAUAUAUCCAAUAAAUAAUUUGAAUGCUGUGUUGUUGUUUUAAAAUUUUCCAAGUCUCUCUUUUUUGUAUUUUUCUGACUUUGUGUGUAUGUGUUUGUGCGCACCCUCGCACGGACAUGCAUGUGUUCAUGUGCAUGUAUCAGUGGUGGGUUUCAAAAUUUUUUACUACCAGUUCUGUGGAUGUGGCUUGGUGGUGUGGCAUGGAUUGGUGGGCAUGGCAGGUGAAGGAUACUGUAAAAUCUCCAUUCCCUCUCCACUCCAGGGGAAGGUUACUACAAAAUCCCCAUUUCCUCCCGAUCAACUGGGACUUGGGAGAAUGGAUGGGACCAGUCAGAAUUUUUACUACCAGUUCUCCGAAUUACUCAAAAUUUCCGCUACCGGUUCUCCAGAACUGGUCAGAACCUGCUGAAACCCACCUCUGGCAUGUAUGUAUGUGCAUGUGGCUGCCUGUGCGAGAGAUGCAUAUCAGGAAAGAGUUAUUUCAGCUGCUGUUUUGGAGGAAUCCUUUCAAACAGGUCAAGGCAAGUUCUUUCUCUCAACCUAUCUUUUCUUCUUUUAAGAGGAUCAAUGUUAGGUUCUGACAUUAUAACAGCUUAAUCUCAAAUAUAACCUAAAUAAAAUUGUACAUGUUACUUCUGGGCUUAGAAAUACUUGCUAUUCAUCUGUAGGACAGACUGACCUGGGCACAAGGGAGAGCUGAGGCUAUCAGUUCUACAAAAGAACUACUCCUUGUACAGUUUAUUAUGUAUAAAUGUAGUUCAUGCCAUAUUUAGUCUGAUCUUUUGUGCAGCAGAAUUAGUAUAAGACAGUUGCCUCUAUAGCUUCAGACUACAGAGGGGAGACCUUCCAAAAGUAAUUUCAUCCAAUAUUUUUUUUUUUAAAAAAAGCAUCUUACAAACAAAGAGAAAAGUAACUGUUAAAGUGGUAAUACAGUUCUUUUCUCUUUGCAUGCUUCUAAUAUAAAGCAAUGUUUCUCAAGCAUGGCAAAUUUUAAGAUUAAUGGACUUCAACUUCCUGAUUUCCCCAGCCAGCCAUAUUUGAGGAACCUGGAUGUAAGUGAAUAUUCAGAAAUGUGAUUUCCUGAUAUAAAUUUUGCUGAGCAGGGGUUUUUUCCCCAUCUCACUAUGCAGUCAACUCAUCCAGUGGUGGGUUUCAAAAUUUUUUACUACUGGUUCUGUGGGUGUGGCUUGGUGGGUGUGGCUUGAUGGGCGUGGUAGGCGAAGGAUACUGUAAAAUCUCCAUUCCCUCCCCAAUCCAGGGGAAGGAUACUGUAAAAUCUCCAUUCCCUUCCCAAUCCAGGGAAGGAUACUGCAAAAUCCCCAUUUCUUCCCGAUCAGCUGGGACUUGGGAGGCAGAGAAUAGGUGGGGGCAGAGCCAGUCAGAAUUUUUACUACCAGUUCUCCGAACUAUUCAAAAUGCUGAAACCCACCUCUGAACUCAUCCCAUUACAUGUAUAGACCAAGGCACAUGAAGAAUGGUGGCAAAAAUGUAAUAUAGUCUUCUUGAACAUAAUGCAAACUAUCUGUUUUGGAAUGGUCAUUCCCAGGCUUGGAACUGUGGAAAAUCAGUAUUAAACAUAUCUGGGAAACUUUAAUUUCUUCGGCAAAAUUAUCAGAAAUCUCAUCUGAAGGUGGUAUGCUAAUUCAUGAAGUUACGGAAAUAUGUACUUUAUCAUUAGAAGGUUUGGUGCUGUGUAAAUAAAUGUUAUUUGUCUUUUCUAUGUCCAAAUGUAUUCUUAUAAUGGUGGGAUUUUAAAAAAUAUUUCUAGGUAUGGUCUGUUUGAAGUUAAAAAAAAAAAAGUAUUUCCUCAUUAAAUGUCAUUUAUUUUGCACCUCU